AUGAUUUCCCGAUUAAGCUUUCCAGUAUCGUCUUCGUUCUUUGGUUCGAAUUAUACGUCGAACUUCACUCGAAUUCUCUUCGCUAGUAAACAACAUCGAUCGGCAUCAAGCAAUAUCCAGCUCAAUGAAGUAGUAAUUGUCAGUGCCGUACGAACACCGAUCGGCUCAUUUCGUGGUAGUCUCUCAUCCAUUCCAGCCGCUAAACUCGGUGCCACAGCCAUCAAAGCAUGUUUGGAACAAGCAAAAGUACCAGCCAACUGUGUCCAAGAAGUCUAUAUGGGUAAUGUUCUUCAAGCAGGUGUUGGUCAAGCACCAGCUCGUCAGGCAGUGAUCUAUGCAGGUUUGCCGAAAGAUACACUUUGUACUACAGUGAAUAAAGUCUGUGCCAGCGGUAUGAAAGCCAUAAUGAUGGCUUCGCAGAGUCUCAUGUGUGGCCAUCAGGAUGUGAUGCUGGCUGGCGGCAUGGAAAGCAUGUCAAAUGUACCAUACUAUUUUCCACGAGGUGAAACAUCCUACGGAAGCUUUCAGAUGGAAGAUGGUAUCGCUAAAGACGGUGUUACAGAUGCUUACGAUCAAAUUUCGAUGGGUGCAUGUGCUGAGAAAACUGCCAAGACAGAAGGUCUGAGUCGUGAAGAUCAAGAUGUUUAUGCAAAACGAUCCUAUGAACGAACAAUCAAAGCCUGGAAGGAAGGCAUAUUCAAAGACGAAAUCAUUCCUAUUACAGUCACUGCCAAGAAAAACGAGACUGUAGUCGAUCAAGAUGAAGAAUUCAAAAAGGUCGAUUUCGAAAAGAUGAAAACAAUGAAGUCUUUUUUUGUGCAAAAUGGUACAAUCACCGUCGCGAAUGCCUCGAAAAUGAGCGACGGUGCUGCUGUAUGUCUCUUGAUGACACGUCAAGCUGUUGAUGCACUAGGUUGUAAGCCAUUGGCACGUGUUGUAGCAUUUGCCGAUGCCGAGACCAAUCCAAUUGAUUUUAGUAUUGCUCCUACAAUGGCUAUCUCAAAGCUUUUGAAAAUGGUCAAUGUCAAUAAAGACGAUAUUGCCAUGUGGGAAGUUAAUGAAGCGUUUAGUGCUGUCGCUUUGGUUAAUGCAAAAUUACUGGGUAUCAGCCAAGAUAAGUUGAAUAUUCAUGGCGGUAGUGUAGGUCUUGGACAUCCGUUCGGCAUGAGUGGAGCUCGAUUGGUCGUCCAUCUGUGUCACAGUUUGAAAAAAGGUGAAAAAGGUGUCGCCGGGAUUUGCAACGGUGGUGGUGGAGCAUCGAGUAUACUCAUUGAGAAACUAUGA